GCUUCAAAUUCCCUGAAACCAGGCUAAGAAUUGUCUUGUUUUAGCCCAUGUUUCACUGAUGAGCUCAGGAAACAGUUAACCCUUCACUCCCCUGCUUUUUGUAUUUCGUAUUUUUGAACCCCCAGGUUGUAAAGAAAUGGAAGUGGCUGCAAUUGCAGGGGAAUCCGUCCAGUUACUGCCAGUGAAAUUGCCGGAGUCUUGGGCAGAAAUCACCUGGGAGGUUACACUAGACUCAGCAGAGAUGUAUGGGAUUGUAACAUUUAAUAAAGGGGAACCCCCUUACCUUGGGUCAUCCCCACAUUUUAUCAACAGAGUCACUUUCCACCCUGAGAGUCUCUCACUGCAGAUUGAUCCCGUUAAGAAGUCAGACAGUGGUCUCUAUACCUUGAUAAUUGACACUGGAGGAGGCCGUGAAGACCGCACAAAGUUCCGUGUCUCUGUGUUUGACCGAGUCCGGCAGACAAACAUCAUGGUGCUCUCUGCCCACACGGAGCUCGGCCAGUGCAACGUUACCCUGUCCUGCUUGGUGCCUGGCGCUGACAAAGUCACCUACGGCUGGUACCAAGGCACGUCCCGGAUCCCGUCUGACCGGGACCAUCAGCUCCCUGGGCACCAAUCCCUGCUGCACGUAGUGAUUAAUGCAAACAGCAGUGACGCCUUCUACCGAUGUAACGCUAGUAACCGAGUCAGCUGGGCCGCAGACACUGUAGAUGUCAAAUCAUUGUGCGACUCCCCAGCCACAGUUUUCCCGAGCACUGACGUCCCAGCGGGGCCAAGCAGCACAGCGACCCAUUGCCACAUGAAGGGGAUUCUCCUGCUGGGAGCCCUGGUCACAGCCAUCGUCAUGGUGCACGUCCUCACCCGGGACAAAGUGAGGCUGGAUUGAGCCAAAGGGCCAAUGCAAGGAGCUUUCCUGGCUGUGUGGGGCGACGUCUGCAUCUGCAACGGGGUCUUUUCACUCCCCUACUGCGAACGGGAACCACAGCAGCACAGCUGUCGAUGGGCCUGGGUUUGGACCCAUCCCUGCUCCUUUGCCCUGCCGUGCUGGGACUCAGAUGGGGAGGUCGGGACUAGUGAAACUCAGCAUCCAGAGCCCCCUAAACCUGACUGCGAAUGGGCUGCCACCACCUCCUGGCUGGGCACGGGCUGCCGGUGCCCUGCCUCAGUUUCCCCAGUCUCAGUUUCCCCACCUGCUGGGACGGUUCACCUGGCUCAGCUCUCUGGCUGGCUCAGUAGAGGUGUUAGACCCACAAUCGAGGUCUCCCUGUGGGAUGGGGAGCAAGCAGAUACCGGACACAGUGUUGGUAUAUAAUACUCUAAAUACUCUUCAUUGAUUACAAAACAAACCUUACUCACUGCACAUUCACACCCUAAACAUACUAUACCCGAGUCUAAAAGUCAGAAUGAUCCCGAUGGCCAGUCGAGGUUCCUUCCGUCAGGAUAAGAUCAUAAGAUGCAGGGAGCCGGAGUAAACCACAUCUAUAUCCACAUGGGACUCCGGAUCAAUAAAUGACUCCGAUUUGCAGAAAUCAUAGGAGUCCAUUUAUAGUCCAUUCCGUCGCAUCAUCGGUUCUUUGCCUUUGUUUACUAGGCUUCUACCCACACAAUUCCAGAGAGACAAUCCUGGGCGGGCCGCCAUGAUCCGAGGCGUGCCAUUUCCUCCAACUCGUAGACAAUUUUACAUCAGUCCAGCUGGGGUUAUUUUCUCUUCUGAGGAUUUUCCGUAUUUUUCUCAGAACAUAAAAUUGUUUUUGCACAAAGAGUUCUAAUGGUCCUUGACCUUAAGUCCUUGCUUCGAUUGCUAGCUUGCAACGCACACAAUCAUGUCAAGCACGCGGCAUUCAUACUCAA